ACCAUUCGAAGCAUUUGCGAAAUCAGUAACCAACAGGUUUUUGUUGAUCGCAGUAUAAAAGUUACACCGCGAUCAAAGACAGUUAGCAAACGGUUUAUUUGACGGAUAUACCGAAAAAGACACUUGAAGAGCUGUAACAGUUGUGACAUUGUUUGUGAAUUAUUACACUUUACAGGACUGCACACCGCCAUGUUAUGAUAUGAGCUGAGUGCCGGCUCGUGGUGCAUGGUUCCUGGAAAACAGGAUGGGACCAACAUGGCCUGGUGUCUGUGGACGAGGGAUGAAGGGUCUGGUGGUGAGGCUAAUUCUCAUCAUGUUGAUCAGCAGCAAGCUCACAUCAGUCGAAGGUCGAAGCCGAAACAUGCCGAGUCUGACAAUGGCAUUUGCUUGUGAAAACAGCAAACUUCGUAUUAACUGCCCUGAGGGUCACGUGAUUCGUAUUCUUCUUGCCAACUAUGGUCGCUUCAGUAUGUCCGUGUGUAAUCGGUUUGGAAUCACCGAAGGCUGGGACUUGCAGUGCAGAUCUCAUAGGUCUCUCAAUAUUGUAUCAGAACGGUGUGACGGGCGGCAAUCUUGUGAUAUGAUGGCAAGCAACUAUGUCUUUGAAGAUCCUUGUCCUGGAACAUCCAAAUAUGCUGAAGUCAAGUAUUUCUGUAAAGAUGAAAGACCUCCAACAACAUAUCGUCUACCUACAGAACCAACUACUACAACAACAGUACCUACUACACGUACUACAACCACCACACCUACUACAACUACCACACCUACUACAACUACCACACCUACUACAACUACCACAUCUACUACAACUACUGCAUCUACUACAACCACCACAAAACCACCAACAUCAACAACAACAACAACAACAACAUCCACAACUGCAUCCACCACCACAAGCACUCUCACAUCAUCACCGACAACACUGCUUUCAACAUCUCCCAUCCCAAAACACACCUUUAAUCCCACUCCUGCCACCAAAAUGGCUGUUUCCACUGCCACUUCCAUCAAGCAUACAAUAUCGCCCACCAAACACAUUGAAAAGGAUACCACUACAGAGGCACCAACAAGUUCUACAUCCACCAGCAAACCAAGAACAACUACUCUCAAACCAAGGAAAACAACUCUGAAAUCAAGCAGCACAACCUUGAAAGCAAGAAAGACGACUCUGAAGCCAUUUUUCAGUACGAAGGACCCGGGCUUGGCUCCUUACAAGUUACGAUCAUGUAUAGCUACGUAUGUGGAUGGUGUGUAUUGGCCAAACACAGCUGUACGAAGCAUAGCACAGCAGCCCUGCCCAGAUAAACUUAAAGGAACGGCCCACUGGCUGUGCAGCACGAGGGGGUGGAGGGGAAGUCCCGACCUCAGUGACUGUGUGUCACCUUGGGUGGAGCAGCUAGACAAGAAGAUAGAUGACCAGUUGCAGGGUGGCGUGUCGGAUGGCAGCGCCAUGGAGAUUCUCGAGAACUUGACGGACGUGACGUCGGUGAAGACAGGUGAUCUGAAGCGCACCACCAUCAAGCUGCUGCCCAAGUUGCUGCAGGUGCUGCAGAAGGAUAUGGCCCAGCCCAUGCCACCAAACAUAAAGAGGAAGAAAGUGAAAAUAUUCACCAAGUCAUUCCUAAAGACAAGUAGUAACCUGCUGGCAAAGAAACAAAAGACGUCGUGGCGCGACCUACAGUCUGCUGACCGGAUACAAGCCGCCACGUCGCUGAUGGUCAGUGUGGAAAUGUCAGCAUACAGCAUUGCCAGCACUGUGGAGGUCGGCACAACCGACACCAUCACCAAUGACAAUAUCAUGGUGGAGGUGAGUGUGAUGAGCCCCACAGAUGACCUUCAGGACAUGACCUUCCCCUCUGAACAGAGCUCGGCAUCCUCCUCUCACUGGGCUCAGUCUUCUGACACUAUUACCAUUCCCAAGGCGACACUGGCCACAAAUGCCAAGCAAGGAGUAAUAAAAGUAGUGUUUACGGUCUACACUAAUAUCAAUCAGUACAUGAACCCAAAUCCACCAUCCGAGUCCAGGGCAACAGAAAGGGACAUCACUCUAGUUAACGAGAAGGCCUUCAAGACUGAACUGGUGGAAGAAGACACCAAUGUUAUUUCUCAGGACCCAGAUAAGCAGGAGAAGAAAACUGUGGUGAACACCAACAUCAUUUCAGCAUCCAUCAAUGGACAGCAGGAUCUGGAACUUGAAGAGCCAGUGGAAUUCACUCUGCAGCAUCUCAAGACUGAAAGAACAUCCAAUCCAGUCUGUUCAUUCUGGGAUGUCGAUAGGAGCACAAUGAGAGGAAAGUGGUCGAGUGACAGGUGUCGACUGACCAAGACAAACAAGACACACACAACCUGUCAGUGUGACCACUUGACCAGCUUCGCUGUUCUCAUGGAUGUUGUGGGAUCCAAGUUGUCACCUAGUCACCAGCUGUCUCUUCGUGUGAUCACGUUUGUCGGCUGUAUCGUGUCCAUCGUCUGUUUGUUUCUGAGCUGGGUCACCUUCAUAGCUUUCAAAAACCUGCAGUGUGAUAGACUAACCAUUCACAAACAUCUUGUGUUCAGUCUGAUGUUAGCGGAGAUUAUCUUCCUAGCUGGCAUAGGACAGACAGAAAACCAGGUAUUCUGCUCCAUCAUAGCCGGAGUGCUUCACUUCUUGUUCAUGGUGGCCUUUGCCUGGAUGUGUCUCGAAGGAAUACAACUCUACGUGAUGCUCAUCGAGGUCUUUGAGAAAGCCAGAUCAAGAGUGCUGUGGUAUUAUACCUUCGGAUAUGGCAUUCCCACAGUGAUAGUGGUGGUAUCGGCUGCUGUAUAUCAUGAAGGUUAUGGCAGUGAAAUUCACUGUUGGCUGAGUACAGAGAGAAACUUUAUCUGGAGUUUUGUGGGACCAGUUGUUGCAGUUAUAACUGUAAAUGUGAUAAUGCUGUCCAUUGCUAUCUACAUGAUGUGCAAGCAUGCCAACUCAGCCACUUCUAUGAAGGACAAAACUAAAUUUCAGAAGUUUAGCAUGAGUCAGAGUUAUGAAAGCAGUUUAUCAGGGCUCGAGAAAUCGCAGACUGUUGUCUUUACCUUUCCUCAACUACCGGCAUGGAUCAAAGGUGCGGUGGUUCUUGUGGUGCUACUUGGACUGACCUGGGCUGUGGGACUUCUGUUCCUCAACAACGAGACGGUGGCGAUGGCGUACAUGUUCACCAUCCUCAACUCUCUACAGGGGCUCUUCAUCUUCAUCUUCCACUGCCUCAUGAACGACAAGGUUCAGAAGGAGUACCGUAAGUUUGCGCGCCGCACCACCUGGCUGCCGCAGUGUAUCCGGGUCAACUACGGGGGUUACACGGGGAACCUGUCCUCACCUAACCAGUCCACUGGAUCAGCACAUGGGUAUUUUUCCAAACUCUUCGGUGGGAAGAGGAGGAAAAGAUCAACAUCAACAAACAGUUCGACCAAACCAUUUCUUUCACAGAGAGGUGGUCGAGACAGAAGUUCUGGUGAACAUUCGGGAAGUCGAGACAGCAGUUCGUACCCUUCAACCAUCAAUGGCUAUAUCUAUAACGGGAACAACAACGACCCUCAGAAGUCUCCUCGAGUCGUGUCCAAUGGUGUCAUGUCCCUAAGAAUCUGCUACGAAGAGGUGGAUGGCAUUGCCGGAGAUCUGUCUGGAGCGUUUGACUGUUCGGUCAUCGACAGCGAAGUGGUCACAGAGUACUGCCACAAUAACCUGCAGGUUUCACGAGAGAAGAGGCGCUACUCUUCGGGAUCGGAAGACUGCCAACAGUCGUCAGAUGAAGAGAAGGACAAGGACCACUUGUCGACUCUGUCGUACGAUUCCAUUGUCAAAAAUCGCGAUUCUUUCAUCUCGACAGAUCCCGAGGGUCCACAGUCAGAUUUCGGAAGUGCUGAUGACCUUAUAAAGGCCAAGAGGCUGAGUAGUCAGGAGAAUGAACCUCUUGUUUUGGAUCCCAAUUCCAAACAGAAUCUCAUAAACAGUCUUAUGACGAGGGUGGCUAACAAGAGAAAUGGGAUUAGGUUGCCGAAUGGCAAGAAAUGCUCGCCUUCUCUUGGGAAUAUUAACUGUUAUGAGGAGGAGAAAUCUGAGGAGAAAAUGAACGUGAGCACACCCAAUCUGAAGUAUAAAGGCAGUGCAAAGUGUUCGGUGAAAAAUCCCACCAAGAGCAGUGGAGUAGUUCUGCAGCUGAGCUUACCAAAUAUAAGUGCCACUGAGGAAGGCUGCGACACAGAUCCCUCAAUCCCACAAUCCCAAGACAAGAACUUCUUCCAGAAAGGUUUUAAAAUUAAGAGACUCCGGUCAGAUGCGACAAUUCAGAUGGAUCCACACCGGUUUGAUCUAUCAUCUAGUGAAUGUUGAUCUUUGGCAAUGCGAGAACAAGCUGUUAGUUGAUAUCAUUUUGAGUUUUUGUUUAUGGCAGCAAGUGAGAGAACUCAGAUGUAACAAUUUGGACAAAUACACCAUUUUGAAAAUUUAUUAUGUAAUAAAUGUUGGUUAAAAUCAUUCCUUUAAGGGGUAACUUUGUUGUAGUUAUGGCAACAAAGGGGCUUAACCAGGUUGUGAUUAGUAGGUUUUGUAUUGCAAGAGUUAAAAAAAAUCAUGUUGGAUGUAACAUUUGAAAUGUGAUCCACACCAUUUUGGUUUGUUAUUCUUGUGAGGACAUGUUGUUAAUAUUUGUUCAGUUGUUAUUACUGGAAGCAGGGCUGAUAAAUAGGUUGUGAUCAGUAGUUGUAUUUUAUAAUAAACAAAUUGUUUAGGUUCUGAUGUAAUGAUAUUUUGUUUAAUGCUGAAAAUCCCUGCAGCUAACCUGGCUUAUGAUCAAGGUUGUAGAAGAUUUAAAAGCAGAAUAUGAUAGUGCUUAACACAAAUUAUGAUUGAUUUGUUAGGUUCAGCAUUGAUUAAAAUGUCAAAUAAUCUAUAUUUCUUGUUAGCCAUGCUAAAAUAUUUUGAAAGAUUUUUAAUUCUGACAUCAUGUACGAUUUGUAAAUAAGCCAUGGUGUUUAAAAUUUCAUUAUAAUAUUUCAUAAACUGAUCAAGGUGUUCAGAACAUUCCUUAGGCUUGAUUCUUAUGGUGAUAUUCUUAAGAUAUCGGUAGAUGGUGUUCUCGGCAAACUGUUUGACCCAUCUGAAGAUGGCACUGACCAAACAAUGACAGUAAAUGCUUAUACUUAAACUUUGAUUUGACAAAGGAAGUAUUAAUAGUCAUAACAUUGGUUGUGUCCUUGCUCUGAGAUGUUUGUUGUCAGUAUAACAAUUGCUUGCUUAUUGAAUAUUGUAUUAAAUGGUGAUCAAAGGCAGUUGUUUUACAAACUAAAGGUGACAGUAGAUUUCAGAUAGUGUACAUAUUUUUCUACAGUUUAUCCUGCAGACUAUUAGUAUGAUUCUUUCUGCUUUAGACAUAAGCUGUCAUUUAACUUUUUUUUUAUACUGACAAACAUUUAUACUAAAGUGAUUCAGAUCUUAGUAACAUGGAGUUUAACAUUGCGAGUUCAAAUCUUAUAAAAGGGGAACAAAUAUAUUUUCAGUUUUGUGUUAAAAUCCAUCUUCAUUUAGUCAUAUUUGGAUCAUGUUAGACCAAAGUCUUAUUUUCACUGGUGCUAAAAUUGCAUUCUUCCUUUGAAUAAAGCAAAAUGACCAGAUUAGUUAACUGUUAACUAGCGUUCACCUUGCUUUCUUUGUGUUGUGUGGUGCUUUAUGUUCUUUGUUACCACUGGUAAUUUGACUUAGCUUGACCAUAAAAUACAAAAUGUUGUAUACUUUGUAAGAUUUUUAUAUUUGUAUUUUUCAUUUUUCAAAUCAUUCCAAGUAUUUAUUUUGUAAUAUAUUUGUGCUGUGUACUAUGAUAAAAACUACAUUGUGUAUAUCUGAAUAAUUCACUUUUCAGAAGUUUUGUUUUAUAAUGCAGGCCUGUAUACCGAUAAGGAACUGUAUUUUAAAGGUCACAUAAAAUGAAUAUGUUUUAUACCUUUUAAAAAAAAAAAAGAACUUCUAGCCCAGACAUUCUUCAUAAAGGUUAAAAUGCACAUUUUUAAGAUUACAUAAUUCAAUCAUGUUUGUUAAACACACAAACACUCUCUCUCACACACACAGAAACAUACACACACACACUCAUACGCAUACACAUAUACUAACACACACACACACACACGCACACACACUAACACUAACACACACACACACUCUAACACACAAACACACAAACAUACAUAAUAUGAAUUGUCUGAAGCUUAAAAUGCACAAUAUGUCCUCUUGAUAAUUGGUUUCACAAGCAGUUGUUGCUUUUUAUCUUAUAGUUUUGGCAGUAUUCCAGAAAUAUUGACAAUUCCUCAUUGCAGGUUCAAUAAUAUAAAUAAUAAUCUUUUAUCCGUGUUUUUAACAGGUCUUCCACAUUGUAGGUAAAAAUUAUUUUACAAGACUAACUUGAAACUUAAUUUCUAGAACUGCUUCUCAGUUUCUAGCAUUUGCUUCCAUUUUGAAACUUGAAAAAAAAAAAUUGCUUCCCACUCCAUAAAAUUAAAUUUCGAGCCUUGUAGUCUUACACUUACAGAUGUACACACUGUAUAUUACUGUCAAUAACUGGAAAUAACAUACCCAGUGUACUGUAAUUGUAUAGGUUUUUGUAAUAUGUUUGUACAUAAUUUUGUAUACAUGUCUGUACAUGUAGCUACAAUAUCGGCUGCUCACAGUAAUUAUGUUUAUCCACAUGUCUCAGUUAUAUAGUACAGUAAAUUACUCUUAUAACGGACCAGAAGAGACCAUGAUAGUUAAUUCGUUAUAGCAGCAGUUCGUCGUACACAUUUGUACAAGUUGGUUAUUAAUGUAUAGGGAGAUAAAACGGGACUUUAAGAUCAGUUCGUUCUGUGCAGUAGUUCAUUGUACACAUUUGCAUAAGUUGGUUAUUAAUGUAUAGGGAGAUAAAACGGGA